CCCUACAGCCAAAAGACUGACUUUUAACAUCGAUGCCACUUGAACGCUUCAUCAAAUCAUCAAAAGAUAGAAUCGUCUGUCUCACGAUUGGCAAGUAUAUAAGCAAUUUGAUGGCAUCCUUUAUAUGUAAAGUUGUAGCAGGUUGGUGGGAUCUUAGACCAGUAACCUUCACAAGAAGAAGAAAUAUACUUGCAAAAAUACCUUGCCAUUGUUGGAAACCACUUAUAGUGCGCAAGUGUGAGGGAUUUGGAAGAGUUUCACCUCUCAACAUAGAAAUGGACCUGUUGCCGUGGCAAACCAAACAAGUCUUACCUGAUGAAGAAGACUUGGUAACUUCAUAUUAUUGGGAACAAAUCGCACAUACUUUUACACUUUUGCAUCACAUACAACAUCAUCCUAGCGAUACACACUCUUUAUAUCUGUUGCGAUUCUCAUUAGAUCAGUUUUAUGGAGUACAGAGUUUUCUGUUUAUCUACCUGAGAGAUAAAACUCUUGUCAUGGCUGAUAAGAGACCCUUUCCAAGUCUCUCUGUGGUUUUGCACCGUUCUACUAGAUUGCUUCCUAGAUAUCUUAUUAGGGAACUGAUAAAAGUUGCUGCAGAUGAACUCUAUUAUAGAAGAAUAGAGGAUGAGGAACAAGAGGAGCUUGCCAAAUUAGCUAAAACACGUGCCUCACUAUUAUCAAGCUCCCUGCGUUGUUUAGAAAUAGAGUCUGAAAAAUACUAAAAGUAUAUGAGUUGGACAGCGAACAGCUAGACGUCUGUGAAGGU